ACCCACAUUCUAACUUUGGCACAGAGUGCAAGACAACGUUUUAAACUCUACCGUUUACGGAUUAACAAACUACAACUGCCGAUUAGUGAUAUUAUUUCUGGAGCAGAUAUGAUUUGAUCAUAUCUUUUUUUCAUAAUUUAGUUCGGUCAAAUUUAUAACAGCAUUUUAUUAUGUUACUUUGCAAUAUUGACGUUCUUUCUUAAAACUAGCAUUAAAUGCUUUCUUUAUGUGCAUUUAUUUCAUGUAUAUUAAUCUAAGACAAGACUGACUAGGGGUAUAUCUUUUCCUCGGUCCCUCUUUGGAGAGAGAAACCCUUUUCAUUACUUUCCACGGCGCGCUUCAUCAGGUUACACCAGACUAGUGGAUCUACGUGCCGAGACGCAGUCUCACCGGAGAAGGGAGCGGAGGACAACUCCACUGCUCUGGCUCCACUUCUCCUUCCAGCAUCCUCUUUGUUAGCAGGAAGAAUCCUUCUCGCUGGGUAUCCAACAGACCACGACAUGAAACUGUGCGUAAUCACGUUGAUGGCCGCAGCGCUCCAACUGCAGCUCUCACCUGCCCAGAGCCUGCCCUCAUCUAGUCUAAACAGCACAUCUGAAGUCGUCCUGAACUUCCAAGAGGUGUGGCAUCGGAGCUUCUGCCGGACCAUCGAGAAGCUGGUGGAGGUGGUGCAGGAGUACCCCGGGGAGGUGGAGCACAUCUACAGCCCGUCCUGCGUGCCCCUGGUGCGCUGCGCUGGCUGCUGCGGGGACGACAACAUGGAGUGCCAUCCAACCAACACCUCCAACGUCACCAUGCUGCUGUUGAAAAUCAAGCCAGCGGCGCAAGGUCAAGAAUAUGUUGAGAUGACGUUUGUGGAGCACCAGACAUGUGAAUGUAGAAAACGAGAACCCACCAUGAGGGUUGAACGAAGGAGGCAGAGAGGGAGAGGAAAGAAGAGAAAGGAGAGACAAAGAGGGAAAGACUGUGACAGGUGCCAGGUCCCUCGUAGGUAACUAGUGGCAUAACUUCACCACCCCCCCCACCCCCCCCCUCCAAC